AUGCUCCUCACCUCAGUGCAACGCGCGGCCACUGGUGCGCUCAAGGGCUUCGCUCCGCUGUUCGAUCGUGUUCUCGUCGAGAGGGUGGCGGCUGAAGUCAAAACGAAGGGAGGGAUUAUGUUGCCCGAGAAUUCGAAGGCCAAGAUUUUGGAGGCGACGGUAGUGGCGGCCGGCCCUGGAGCACGAAAGGAAAACGGCGAGACGAUCCCAAUGAACGUGAAGGUCGGCGACCGGGUCCUCUUGCCCGAAUAUGGCGGCAGCAAGGUGAUCAUCGACGACAAGGAAUUCACGAUCCUCCGGGAGGGCGAUCUUCUAGGGAAAUUCGAC